GCAAGAUGGCGGCCGCUGAGGAAGGUUGCGAUGCUGGGGUCGAAGCGGACCGGGAACUGGAGGAGCUUCUGGAAAGUGCUCUUGAUGAUUUCGAUAAAGCCAAACCCUCCCCAGCACCCCCUCCUACCACCUCGGCCCCCGAUGCUUCAGGACCCCAGAAGAAAUCGCCAGGAGACACUGCCAAAGAUGCCCUCUUCGCCUCCCAAGAGAAGUUUUUCCAGGAACUGUUCGAUAGUGAGUUGGCUUCCCAAGCCACUGCAGAGUUUGAGAAGGCAAUGAAGGAGCUGGCUGAAGAAGAGCCCCACCUGGUGGAACAGUUCCAGAAGCUCUCAGAGGCAGCUGGGAGAGUGGGCAGUGAUGCAAACUCUCAACAAGAAUUUACUUCUUGCCUAAAGGAGACAUUAAGUGGGCUAGCCAAAAAUGCCACUGACCUUCAGAACUCAGGCAUGUCUGAAGAGGAACUGACCAAAGCCAUGGAAGGGCUGGGCAUGGAUGACGGGGACGGGGAUGGGAACAUCCUCCCCAUCAUGCAGAGCAUCAUGCAGAACCUCCUGUCUAAGGAUGUACUGUACCCGUCCCUGAAGGAGAUCACGGAAAAGUAUCCAGAGUGGCUGCAGAGUCACCAGGAGUCUAUCCCUCCAGAACAGUUUGAGAAGUACCAGGAGCAGCACAGCGUCAUGGGCAAAAUAUGUGAGCAGUUUGAGGCAGAGACGCCCACAGACAGCGAGGCUACUCACAGGGCUCGUUUUGAGGCGGUGCUAGAUCUCAUGCAGCAGUUACAGGACUUGGGGCAUCCUCCAAAAGAGCUGGCCGGGGAGAUGCCUCCUGGCCUCAACUUUGACCUGGAUACCCUCAAUCUAUCGGGCCCACCAGGUGCCAAUGGCGAGCAGUGUCUGAUCAUGUGAAACACAACACGUUUUCCUCCCUGAGUCCCAGACCUGGGGAACAUCUGGAGUCAGCAGAACUAUUGGGAACUGAGGCAGGAAUGUCGUCUCUGGGAGCUGGCUGCCCCACACUCUCCAUCCCAUUCAAGACUGUGCCCUGCCAGCUGCGGAUCUGCUGAAUCUGCUCUGUAGGCCAUUUCUGUGAGCCUUACUCCAUCAUGUGUUCUGCUGUUAGAAACAGGCCAGCUCAUUGCCCCGUAAAGGAAGACAUCACUUCUUCCCACUCCCAAAAAUAAUGGUCUAUAUGGCUGUACUCAUGUUCCCCUUUAUUCCCAGGGACUUCGUGCCUUGUUUCUACUCCCUCUCUUGGAUCUGGGGAGCAGGAGCUGAGUCCUAAGACUUUGUGUUUGUUUCUAUUAGGCAGGGCUUCUGGGAAUGAGGAGAAAAUGUAGCUUACCCUGGGGCUGUAGGUUUGUCACCACAUCUCCUUGCCUUCAUUUCGAGCUCUCUGAAGGGAAAGGAAUUUUGCACUUAACCUGUGGUCAGGUUGGAAGAGAAGCCCUGGGCUUUUCCUGUCCCUAGGUGCUGCCCACUUAAUUCCCCUUUCUUCCUGAGAACUCAAGUUGCUACCUACCUUGGUUCUUUCAACAGCUCUGGUUUGGGUGAACCCAGCUCUUGACCUUCCUUGGCCCCUUGACUGUCCUCUUACCUCCUCUCGUUUUAGAUUCUUAUUUUACUCCAGCCCCUCUGAACCACUGUGACUGAUGAAGGCCAAUCUUGUUCCCUUUCAUCUACUCCUGUGUCAUUCUCUUCCCUUCCCUUCCCUAGACCCUUCCCUUCCCUGGCCAACACGUAAUUGUAGUGUCAGAGCUGGUAAAUGAGUGGCCAUGCUACCCAGAUACAUUCUGGCUUACUUGAGACAUCAGAUUCCCUAGAAUCCUUGGUUCAGGAAGAUGCUUGGGAAUGGGGUGCAGCCUGAGUCUUUUUUCCUGCAAGCCCCAGGGGACAGUAUCUAAUAAAUACUCUGAGCGCA